AUGGCUUCAAGGUUGCUGUGGGCUUCAAGGGCUGCUUCCUACCUCAGAAUCCAAGUGACCCACAGAGGGUUUGCUUCUGUUGUGAAGGAUCUUAAGUAUGCCGAUUCUCAUGAGUGGGUUAAAGUCGAUGGAAACUCUGCAACUGUUGGAAUAACUGAUCAUGCUCAAGAUCAUUUAGGUGAUGUUGUUUAUGUUGAGUUGCCUGAAGUGGGGGCUGCAGUGAAGCAGGGUGAAGGUUUUGGAGCGGUUGAAAGUGUCAAGGCAACAAGUGAUGUUUACUCUCCUGUGUCAGGAAAAGUCAUUGAAGUCAAUGAAGAGCUUGGCAACUCCCCUGGUUUGGUCAACUCAAGCCCAUAUGAGGAUGGAUGGAUAAUUAAAGUUGAGAUAAGUGAUAGCGGUGAAGUGAAAAAGUUGAUGGACUCAGAAAAGUACACCAAGUUUUGUGAAGAAGAAGAUGCACAUUGA